AUGCCGCGCUUUAACAGGUCCAGUGGACGAGAGAGCAUCGUCUCGUUGAAGCAGAGGAAAAGGUCUCUGGCUGAGACGGUCAAUGAGCAGCUGACUCGCUUCGCCUUCGGCGGCGGUGGUGGUGCAGGAGGUGCGUAUCAGGACGACGACGAAUAUGCGGACGGCGGUUUCGCAGAGGACUACGAGUAUGAGGAUGUCGACUCAAAUGGAUUCGACGGCGACGAUGACGCGGAACAGGGCAGUCGUCGGCAGACCGCGGCAUCUGCCGCCAAGAAGCCGACGAAGGACGCCGCAAAAAAAUUGCCGUCCUCUGCGUCUUCGUCGCGGCUGCGUCACCGUGGCCCACUCGACGCUAGCCUUAGCGAGGGGAAGUACGCCGCGACGCCAGUGAACGUCGAGGCCGCCAUGGAUGACAUCUUUGGCACACUCGACAUGGGAGACAUGGACGCCGAAGGUGAAGAGUUUUGUGACGGCGACGAUAUGGAUGCCGAGGAGGAGGAGCAGGGAUACGGCGAGGAUGAAGACAGCAAGGGACGCGGCGAACGCGGUGUGGCGUCGAAGAACGACGCUGUCGGUCGCAAGCGCCGCCGUGCGAAGGACCUGACGGAGGAGGAGUACGCAGCGUGGCUGGAGAACAAGAGCAGCAAGCAGAAGAAGGCGGGGCAGCUGCGGCGGUCGAUCUCGCUUGGCGGUGGCAAUAGCGGCGUCGGCGAAGCUGUGCUGAAGAGCGAAGAGGCUGAUAUCCUCCGUCAGCUCAGCGAGCUCCGACAGAUGCAGAUGAGUCUCGUGCCCGCUGGAGAUGCGGCGAGCGCCGCCGCCGAGACGGCCUCCGCGCAAACCGAUGCGAAGCAGACCCGCGACGUGGUGCAGCACCUCAUCAUGGUCUACGGCCAGCUGCUGCGUCUGCGCGUGCUGCUCCAGCCGGCGGUCACCAAAGCCAUCAGCAUGCCGCAGUACUACGCCCGCUCGCUUUUUGUGGACGGCGAUGCCGAAGUCGAUGACGCAGCGGCGACGGCCUCCAACGGCAACUGUGCAGCGGAGGUGCAGGAGAUGCGUGAGGGCGUGUCUAAGCACUACUCGGAGCUGCAGGAUGACGUGGAGCAAGUUCUUGCUACCCUGUACGCCGCCGCGACGGGCAGCAGACGCGAUGACCGCAGCAGCGAUGUGCGCGUGUCCGCCUCGGCAAGUAAGUCGAAGAAGGCGAAGACGGAAGGCGACCUGUGUGUGCCGUUGUAUCGCGAGGUGGAGCGCUAUCAUGAGCGGGUGCUGCGGCAUGCUGACACGUGCCUCGACUACUGGGGCAGCAAGCUGGUGCAGGCGAACAGCGCGAAGCUGAAAACGAUCGCGCAGCCACUGCCACAGCAGAUCGCCGCCAUCCUGUCUGCCAAGUCGCGCUUGCGCUCCAAGCUACAGAAGAACCGCUCGCACAUUGUCAUCAUGGCCCACCCCGAGCACGUGCGGGCAGAAACGUCGGCGGACAUCAAGGCUCAGCGUGCGCUGCACAUCGCCGAGGGCGACGUUGACGACGAGAUCUACGAUGACGCUGACUUUCUGCGGGAGCUGGUACGCCGCGGCGGUGCGGUGGCGAGUCAGCUGGAGAAGAAGGUGAAGGAGAUGCACAGGGCGCUGCUGCCGUCCCGUGAGGGUGCGCGCAAAGGCUUUCACCGGAUGACGAAGGGCAAGGCCGUCAACUACGAGCCACGACCAAAGCUGGUCGCCUUCAUGAUGCCCGAGCCUCUUGACAAUGCGGAGCGCAACGAUGUCGUUGUGAAGAAUCUAUUUCAGUAA